CUUUUUAUUUCGUAUAAAUCCUGAGAAAAAUCCAUGCUUGUUCAUCAAAUGUUUCUCUAUUAUUGCUCCCUAUCUUUCCUUAGACCUUGUUCAUAAAUCGAUGAGUAAUUCCCAUUUUGUUGCAGGUUGCCGGAUAUCAUCUCAAGGAACAGGCACUCAUCUUUAUUUUUAUCCAAAAUCGGUCCAUUUUCUCGAGAUGAGCUCAGCUAUAAAAGGUUUCAUGGAAUUAGCUGAGCAAGUAGGGAAUAUUUUUGAGGUUGGGAAUACUACAUGGGGUUUAAUUGGAAACCGCUGGAAAUUGCCUGGAGGCAUUGAUCGGAAUGUGGAUAAUCUGAAGCGAAAAAGAGAUAGAUUGAAUGGUCAGAAAGACGAUACGACGUCGAGAAUCAAGGCGGAGCUGCGUCCAAGAGAGAGAGUCAAGAAAGAAGUCGAGUUGUGGCUCGAAAACGUCGAUAGAAUAGACGGCGAAAUAUCGAACCUCGAAUCCAAAGUCGGAGCCAGCGGCUUUUUCUCCCUUGGAUUUCUUGUGAAGGAUGUUUGUAAGAAGGAAGAAGAGGUUGACGAAUUGAUUGAGAAGGGUGGAUUUUCUGAUGCAUUGGUCGUCGAUGAUUGUUCACGGAUCGGUCACGUGUUGCCGGCACCGAGUUUAGUCGUCGAAUCGAUAAGACGUAAAAGGGAUGAGAUUCUGAGAUACCUUCGAACUAACGAUGAUUUUCGGAAGAUUGGAGUUUAUGGAAUGCCAGGAGUUGGUAAAACAAGUGUUGUCAAGCUUGUUAACAAUGAACUCUUAAAAGAUCGAAUGGGGUUCGAUACCGUGGUAUGGGUCACCGUAUCGAUGAACUGUUGUGUUAUCGAACUGCAGGACAAGAUUACAGGGGCAAUGAAUAUCAUUAUUCUAGAAGACAAAGACGAAACAUUACGAGCAGGGAUGCUGUCCGAAAUCUUGCGCGACAAGGAUAAAUUCGCUUUAAUCUUCGAUGAUGUACGGGAUAGAUUCUCCCUGGAAAAAGUUGGGAUUCCUGAGCCCUCUGCAGAUAACGGUAGUAAAAUCGUGCUAACAACUCGAUCACUCGAUGUAUGUCGACGAAUGGAUUGUCGAGUAACAAAACUGGAACCACUCCCUGAAGUAGACACAUGGACAUUGUUCUCAGACAAGAUCGGUCGAGACCUAACGAGCUCCGCGGAUUUGUUUCCGGUUGCAAGAUCGAUCGUGGAGCGCUGCGCCGGUUUGCCAUUGGUAAUAGUCACAGUAGCCAGUACCAUGAGAGGUGAAUACAGUCUUCCUAUAUGGAGGAACGCAUUGGCGGAACUGAACUGGAACAUACAGGGGAUUACAGAUGUUAAGAACACGAUAUAUCGGCAACUGAGGUUCAGCUACGAUCGUUUGAACGAUCCGAGAAUCCGGAACUGUUUGCCGAGUUGUGCAUCGUACGGUGAAGAUUCGGGAAUCCGGAAGGAUCGGCUCGUAAGGGAUUGGAUUGGAAAGGGAUUAAUAGAUGAUACGGAUGAGGGACAGGCUAUAGUAAGAACUCUUGUUGAUAAUUGCUUGUUGGAAAAUGUAGGAAAUGAAAGACUUCAAAUGCAUGAUAUUGUAAGAGAGAUGGCUCAACUUAUCAACCGUGAGCUCUAUGAAUCAUGAAUUGACAUUUCAACUGUAAUCAGGAA